AUGAAGACGGAGGAGCUCGAGAAAGAAAAACAGGCCGCUGUCACAUAUGUCCCAGGAAAAAUGAUAAAAAAACAACAGCUAGAUGCAGUGAAUGCCGGAAUUUUGUGUGCAAGGAUCACCAACAUAAUAUAUGUACCGCCUGUUAUGACAACGCCAGUGACGGAAGCAGCGACCAUGAAGAUGAGUGAAAUAGGGAGACUAUGA